AUGGAGUUUAGUGAUGCAGAUCAUGGAUUUCGUGCUCGAUUUCUGGAACCGAAAUUCGAACCUGAGUCAUUUGUACAAUCGAUUGCAUCGAAAUCGAUCGGCAGCGCUGAUUUAAUGAACAUGAAACGACGAAUGCAUCUUAUAUCAAGUGAAGCAAAAACUGAAUUGAAACACAAUGUCUACCGCAAUCAUACAAAAUUCAUCGAAACAGCGAAAGAAGUCUCGUCACUAGAAUCAGAAGUCUAUCAAUUACAUUCCUUAUUGGCUGAUGAAAAACAAUUACUGAAUACUGUCAAAGAAUUACUGAAUGUCGAGAGCAAGGCCGAUACAUCAGAAACAUCCGAUACAGAAUCAUGGGAAACUUUGCUGCAUCACUGUCAAAGCUUAGGUCUUGUUUCCGUCAGCCCCGAACGUCGUUUAAUUCAUAGUGGCAAAUUACUAGAAGUCAAACUGGAGAAUCUUUCCACCAAACCACAAACUAAAGGGAGUUCGACAUCUAAAUUACCAGCGUCUUAUGUUACACAUCAAUGUUACGGUCUUCUGUUCAGCGAUUGUUUCAUCAUCGCUAAAUCAUCAAACAUUCGUACAGCGACUGCCUACGAUGUUGAUCAAGUUAUAAAACUACAUCAACCAGUGACUGGAAUGAAUAACAAUCGUAAUGCCAAUCAAAAUAAGCAGGUUCAGUCGUCAGCAAUUCAACUGAUCAAUGUCAAAGACGAUGUACUACGCAACUCAUUCUCUAUUAAACACAAUCUAGAGACACAUACACUGAUGUGCGACAAUGCCCAAAGUAAAAAACAUUGGAUGGAGAUGUUCGAGAGUGCACUCUACCCUCAGCAAAGACGCGGGUCAUUGUUACACACCGAGGCCGGUCGAUUAUCGACAUCGCCAACGUCUAUCUCAUCGUCCGGUAAUGAUCGAUCGUCUAUCCAACAGCAACAAUUACAAUUAUUCGAAGAGGAUUUCUACGCUGAAGAUUGGAUCAGUGAUACUCAAGAAAACCUUGUUAUACUUCUUGCCGAGAGAAAUUUCGAUCAAGCAUUAGAAUUGAUCCUUCGUGCAAGAAACUAUGUUCGUCAAUUUCUGCAAGGUCAUUCUCAACAACCAAUGCAUUUCGUCGACGAGUAUACAAAAGGGGUACAAAUCAAAGAACAAGAAUUAUGUAAACUUAUUGAAAAAGAAAUUCAGAAUAUUUGCGAUCGAGGCUGCUCAACAAAUCUGCUAAAGCAUUACUAUCAUCAUAUACAAACAUUGAAACAACUUGGUUACGUUCCGAAAGCUUGUGAUUUAUUUAUCACCAUUCAGCUGUCAUUAAUGAGAAAUACGCUGAAGCAAACUAAAUUAGAAGAACUCAAUGUUGUUUUCGUGGAGAAUUUCGCUAAUACAUUCUUCACUCGACUGGUCGAUAGUUAUUACGAAUUUGUAGAAAUUUUCAAAGAUCAAAAAUCGACAUUUACCAAGUUCAUUGUCUGGAUGUCGAGUGAAAUCGAAAAGCUAAUCACCAUUCUGCAUAACCAACAGUACAUUAGUACAAAAAAUUUCACUUUUUCCAUGAAGAAUAUUCACAUCUUACUGACCAAAGCGAAUGAAUUCUCUUCGAAAUUAAUCGAUGUGAAAUUCAUGUUCGAAGAACAACUUGAACAAUUACUGAUCCAAAUCAUCAAUACGCAAAAAGACGUGAUUAUCGAUACUCUACGACAGAGACAUCGAGAUGAGAAGUGGAUAUCUGUAACACUGCAAACACAGGAUCGUUUAGAUCAAUUGUAUUUCGAAUUCCGAGAAUUGGGUCUCGAUAGUCAAAAAUUCCUUCAACCUUUUCUGACAACCACGAAUGAAGUCACUCAGAUACAUUUAGCUCCGAGUACACUACUAUUCGCCAAGGCUUACUUAACUUUUUCACGAGAUUUAUUUAAAAUUCAUUAUUCGCUAAUUAACCAAACGAUUGUCGAAGCUCUCGUGGAAUUGAUCAAAUUACAUUUGAAGUACUACGAACGUGCAUUACAAAAGUUACAAACGAGCAAUGAUAAACAAUUGAAGAAUUUCAUAAUGAAAAACGUGGAUUUUUCGUUGAAUCAUCUUUUUCAUUAUGUCGACACACUUUAUCGACCAAAAGUUGGUCAUUCCGUCAAAUAUUUCACAAAAGUCUAUGAGAAAAUGUCGAAAUUGAAAGAAAUGGCUGCUGCCGAGAAAUGA